AUGGAACAAAUUUUAUACGAAACUCAAACAUUUUGCCCAGUUUGCACAAUUUUAGAUAGAAAGGGAUUGGUUUUAAAGCCAGCAAUUGUUGUCGAAAGGAAUGAAAAGAUUUAUUUAAAAUGUUUAUGCGAUCAGCAACAUCAGCAAACAAUAGAAACAUUAUAUUGCUCCUCCAAUAAGUUUUUUAAAAGAAUGAUGUCCUACGAUCCAGUCAUAGGUACCAAUAAAUUAAAUGGUAAUGGAGGAAUCAAAGAUAUCGAGUCAAUGGGAAAAUAUAUAAAUAAAGAUGAUCAACCAGAAAUAGCAAAAAAUCCUACAAGUUCCAAUUUUAUAUUAGAGUUUAACAUCUUUCAAAAUCAAAAGUUUUUAAAUGAUGAAGAAAUUAAACAACAAUUAUUACAAUUUCAAACAUAUUAUCCAAAAAAUAGAAAAUUUGUGUUAAAAAUUAUAGCUAGGGGUUGUAAUGAUAUAGUUUCAAUAAAUGAAAAGGUUAGAUUUAUAUCAGUUCAGUUAAAGGGAUAUGCUAUCUUAUUGGAGUGUACAUUGGAUAGGUUACAUUCGAUCGCAAAAUUGGGUGAUUCAGCAUUAUUGGGUGCAAAGGUUUAUCCAGCAGUAAAAUAUUUUUUAAAAAGAGGCGAUGAAAACCAUUUCAUUAGAGAUAUCAAUAAUUUAUUAAAUGUGUUAAGAGAAUAUUCAGAUAUUCAAUGUGUAGUUACUAUAGCAAUGGAAAGAAAGUUUGCCAAUCUUGGUGAGAUUUUAUCAUUACUCAGAAAAAAUAAUACAUUAAUUAGGUUUAUAGUAUUAUCAUUAGAAAGACCACCAAAGGAAUUAGUAGAAUCAUUAAAAAUCAAAAAUCAAUUAUCAUUGGAUCAGGUUUUUACAAAUAAUUCAUCAACAAAUAAUAGUGAUAUUCAAGAUACACUAUGCUGCAACUUUAAUGACCCUUAUGAGUUAAUUCAAGAGAUUGAAAGGGCAACAGAUAAUACAAUUUGUUCAGAUGAUUUCUUCCCAUUGAAUAUCGGCCAAGCUUUAGAACCAAUGUUUAAUUUAAUGGGAUAUGGGUUGUACAGUAUUAAGCCAUCCUCAUAUUGUUCAUUCGCAACAUGUUUGGUUAACACUGAUACCGUAGAGUCCAGACCGAUUAAUAGGCUCCUAAACUUUUCAAAAUUAUAUUACGAUCUCUUACCAAUUCUCCCAAAUAUAGAAGAAAAGAUUGGUUUCUUUAAUGGUUUAAAAAUCAAAUCUCUCUUAAAGAAUUGUAAUUUACCUGGUGUUCCUUUACCUAAUAUUUUCGAUUACCUUACCGAUAAAUCAAAAGCCGAAACAACUCGUAAAGUUAUUGACCAAACUCAAAUUUUAAUCAUUCACAAUAACAUGGACUUGGCCUCUUUGGACCUAAAAAGAAGAUGCCAUUGUUCUGUAGAAACAAAAAUAAAAGAUGGUUAUAUUUCAUCGUGUACUGGUUGUAUAUAA